UCUCAUGAUAAGGGUUGGCUAACUCAUUCUCUCUCUUUCCAUCCAUCCUCCGGACGGUAGGUUUCCCGAUGUCGCUCGGGCGAUCCCGAUAGAUCUUGAUUGGGUAGGGCUUCAAUCGAUCUUUGUGGAUUUCGAUCCGUCCGAGAACGAGGAUUCUCGAUUCUAUCGAGGGCUCGAUGAUCGGCUCUGGCUGCGAGUUGUUCGGUUAGAAUCGAUGAGGAUUUGAUUCUGAUGAUUGAUUCGUUAGCAGGAAUUGAAUUGAAGAGCGCCGAUUGAUCGAUCGAUCGAUCGUCCGUCCCCCGAGCCAGGGUUUCUUCGCUGGAGAUGGAGCAGGAGAGCCAGAAGAGGGAGGCUGAGGAGACCGAGUUCCAAACCCCCAACAUCCCAACUCUCUGCGCCAACAACUGUGGCUUCUUCGGGAGCCCUGCGACCAAUAAUCUCUGCUCAAAAUGCUAUAAAGACUACUUCUUGAGCAAGUCCAAGGCUUCGAUCGAGACUUUGGUGGUGCCGCCGCCGGCGGAGGCGAAGAAGGUAGAGGAGAAGGCCGCGGGAGGCGAUGGGGAGGCCAAAGUUGAGAGCUUUGCGGAGGAAGGGGCUCCUUCGGGGGAGUCCCCGGCGAAGAAGCCCACGAAUCGGUGCAGCUUCUGCAACAAGAAGGUCGGGCUGAUGGGGUUCAAGUGCCGCUGUGGGGAGGUAUUCUGCUCGCUUCACCGAUACUCCGAUAAGCACAAUUGCGCCUUUGAUUAUAAGGGAGCUGGGCAGGAUGCGAUUGCCAAGGCGAACCCGCUCGUGAAGCCCGACAAGGUCGAGAAGAUCUGACCCAUGGAACACUGACAGGUGGAUGCUAGAUGGAUGAUGACUAUGGGCAGUGAUGUUAAUGGGGGUGCCUAUAAGGACACUGAUAACUAUGCUUAUUGGAUGAUGAAAUUGGGUUAACUCUCAAGCUUUUCAUGAUUUGAACUGAGCAUAUAUAGUUUCUAAGAAUUUUGGUGGUUGAGGCAACAUCAAGCUGCUGAAUUAAUGGUGUUAAUCUAAGUCAUAUUUGGUGCUAUGUUACAUGGACAUUCUUGUCCAGCUUCAAGAAUACAUUUUGGUUAUGUAUCCAAAUUAGUUAUGCAUCAAAUAUUUGGAUACGUAGCUUCUUCUUUUCUUGCUUGUACAGCUAGAUGAAUAAUUUGACGCUUUCAAUUAUGAGUACAAUCUUCCAUUAGAGAUUGGUUGAGGAUAUAGAUAUUGAAAUAACUUUGCAAAAUAUCCUUUUUGUUGUAUCUCUUGGCAAAUAAGAAAGUUUAAAAAACAUAAAUGAAAGAUUUUAACAAAUAAUAUAUAUUUUAAUGUUUUAUACAAUAUGUAAAAAUAUAUAAUUUAUUACUCUUCUCAUAUGUCCUUUUUUCCCCCUCUUGCUGUUAGAUACUUAGACUUGUCUGAAUCUGAUUCUUUUAUCUGUGUCUAUGCAAGACUUAUUUGGUGUAAUAGACCUGAUCUUUGGUUGCUACAGCAUGGUUUUCCACAGUUGUGAAUAUUAUCAGCAAUCACCAUGCACAUAGGUUAUGGCAUCAUAUUUAAUCUGCACAGACAUAUGAAAAACAGAGACGUUUCAGUCUCCACUUUUCUAUUAGAUGGAGCAAGCGAUUAUUUUAACAUAUUGUGGUUGACCUUGUCAUGGUACUGAUAUUCACAAAUACCUUCUCCAUAUGGAUGUUACUUAUUAAUGUAAGUAGAUUCAGGGCAAAACAACCAUAUAGUACAUACAGUUAUUUAUGACAAAUUUUUGGUAAGUUAUAUUUGGUUUCUCAUUUGCGACCUUAUAGCCUGUCAAGAACUUCAACCAUCGUGGUUACUUGCAUUAGAUAUAUGUUGUAUUCUUGAAUUUUCAUUGCUGUUUUAGAAUGAUGUAUGUAUCAUGCAUACUUGAAAUCAUAAUGCCCCGUGAAACAAUUUGUACCAUGUACCACCUUGUGCGGUAGCUUUUAAUAAAUUUAUUUGCUUCUACCUUUUUUUUUUAAAAAAAAAGGUCUUGUAUUCUCCCUGAUAUAUUUCAAGGGAGGGUUUCCAAUGUUUCCUUUAGUUACCAUUCAGCCAAAAUUGCUGUUAUUAUAAUAUAAAAGAGGAACCUAAAGCUUCUUUGUUUUGAUCUUUAAAAAUCAAAUUAGAAGGUUUUUGAAAAAGAUGUUUUAUGAAAAAGAUUGCUUGUUUAUGUUUGAUUUUGAUUUCUACAUGACAAUGAGGAUGUUGUAGGUAUUAGGUAUUUAAUAUUUAUUUUUUGAAAAAAUUACAGAAACAUCUGAUCAACUUUAGUCUAAUUUCAUUUACAUCCCGUGUGUUUUAAAUAAUAUUAAAUUAAUUUUUUUAAUUAUCGAUAUGUUCCAAUAUUAUUCAACCAUCUAUCUUUGUUAACAGAAUAAUGUCACAUGACCAUCAUAAGAUAUCAUUAUUUUAUAAAAUGAUGAAAAUAUUCUUAUCUUCAUCUUCUUUUUCCUCUCUGAUUGAUUUCCUCUUCUGUCAUCGACAUCCCUUUUUCUUUCUCCUUUCUUCUCUCUUUCUUCACCCUUUUCUCUUCCUCCAUGAUGGCUUCCUCCAUCUCCAUCAUCUCUCUAUCUUUUCUCUUUUUUAUCUAUUUUUUUUCCUCAUCUUUCUCCUCUAUGUCUUCCAUAAGCCAUCCCCCUCUACGACGGUUUUCUCUACCUCUAUCUUUUUUCGCCGGCAACCCAUCUUUCUUUCUCUCCUUCUUUCCUGUCCGCUUUUCUUUUUUGUCUUUCUUUUCCUCCAACCCAUUUCUUACCGGUGGCCUUUCUCUUCCUCUCUUUCCUCUUCAUCAACUUCUUCUCUCCGUUCUCCAAAUUCAUCCAUGAGCUCUAGCUUUAUGCAACGGCCCUCUCUAUAUCCAUCUCUUCUCACUAGUAAUUUAUCCUUUUUCUUUUUCUUCUCAUUCAUUUCUCUUUUUUCAUGACGGUUUUCUUCAUCUCCAUCCAUUUCUCCACCGCUUCACCUUUUUUAUCUACUUCUUCUCCUCAUUCUCAUCCUCCAAACCGCUCAUAAGCCAUUCCCCUUCAUAGCGGCCCUUUCAACCUCUGUCCUUUUUCACUGUCAAUCCAUCCUUUCCCCUUCCUUUCCUCCCCAUCCUCCUCUUCUUCUUAUCCUUCUUCUUCAAUCUAUUUCUCCCUUCUUUCCUCCUCUUCAUCCAUUUUUUUCUUCCCAUCCUUUUUCUCCUCUAAGCCUAUCCAUAAGCGAGGGAUAUUUCUGUCUAUUGAAAAGAAAAGCUAACAUCAUUUAUUGGUAAGUAAAUGACUGGACUACAUUGAAAUAUAUCGAUAAUUAGAAUAAUCAGGUUUACACUUUUUAAAGUAUAUGAGAUAUAAAUAAAAUUAGACUAAACUUGAGAGGUGUUUCUGUAUUUUUUUUAUUUUUAUUUUUUUUUGAAAAAUUUAUUGGCAAUUCAAAAUUAUUUUAUGUUUUUGGGGAAUCUAAAUUUAUCGAAUAUCGAACAAAAACAUCUUGACAAUCUAUUGUCAUUUUGUAGAACAAUGAACUCCUUUUGAGGGUUGAUCCAGCAAAAGCUUAUGAGAACAUAGAUUUAAAUGAUUGAGUAUUGGAAAAUACCAUUUAUAUCAUCAAUGCAGAUAUCUGGCAGCUUUCUUGUCUUGCACGUUAGGGAAUCUAAAUGCCCUGAAAGGAUUCGUCUUCAAUGAUGGAAUGCUUUUUAAUAUAUUUUUGCUAGUUGUCGUGUGUUUGCGGAUUUUCAAUUUUAGUCUCUGUACCCAUAACCAGAGUUCCGCACCACAACCACCCCCACCCCCCCUCCUUGGACUUGAAUUAGUUGCUUGGAGGAAUUGCUCCUGAACCUGCAUAUACCAUUUCAUGGGACAGUGAAAGCAUUUUUUCACAACGGUGAUACUCAUUUAAAUGGUUGGUCAGGUUGAAUGUAUCUUUCUAAGGUGUUAUAUCUGGUAACGACAUGAGAAAGGUCUGCAAGCUUCCUUUUUUUGUUUC